AUGCCUUAUAUGUGUGUUGUCAAAGGGUGCAAUCACAAUUCUAAAUCCCACAAAGGUAUUUGUGGAUUCUAUAGAAUACCUCGUGUAAAAGAAAAUGAAAACGAGGAAACAAAAAAGUUGCAGGAGGAUAGGAGACGGCAAUGGAUACAGAAUAUUUAUAGACGGGAUUUAGAGAAGAUAAAUCUAAACAAUACUCGUGUCUGUGGACAUCAUUUUGUCUCAGGUAAUUUUUGUAUUCUGUGACUCGUUCAAAUUUUCUUUUGAUAGUUAAAUCAUAAAAACGAGUGUGCUUCGACGAAAUAGGAUCGCCAUCAGCUCUAUACGACUGCACUAAUCCAGACUGGGCACCUACUCAGAAUAUGGGCCAUGAUAACAUAGCUCCUGAGAGUGUGGGUAAUGCUAUGUCGAAAUACAAACGAGCUAAAGAAAGGGAAGCUAACAAGAAACAAGCUGCAUCGAAGAAAAGAAAAACGUCAUGUUCAGCAACCUCUUCAACUGCAGCUGCUUCUGAGGUUUUUUCUGCAAGUGUCAGCUUUGUGGAUGCUAGAGGAAAUACUAGCGCUGAAGGUUUGCGCAAUAAUGUUCAUUUGAUAAAACUCUUGUAUUUCAAUACAUACAUAUUUGAAUGUUUUUCAUUUGUUUCAGCUGAGGCUAUAGAAAUUGAGGAUGUGGAUGUGGAUCCCCAGACCAAAGGUUGUCAAACUGAUAACUGUCUUGUGGUUGACAGGUCAUGUCAAACAGAUAUGACCUUGGCAGAUUUUGAUCCUCAACAUGGGUACAUCCAAUCCAUUACUACUGAGCUCCACGACUGGAAAAAAACUGCCUUGCAGUUGCAAAUUUCUCAGAAUGGAUUUAAAGAUAAUGAUCAGAAAACAAAAUUUUACUCGGGUUUACCCAGUUAUUUAAUGCUGAUUCAUGUUUUCAACCUGUUGACUCCUAAGAUAUCAACAACUCCAAUGAAUGCACUGUGUCAGUUUCAAGAGUUUUUGUUGGUACUGAUGAGACUUAAACUAAAUCUACCUUUUCAAGAUUUAGCAUACCGUUUUGGAGUUUCAGCAUCAACUGCUACAAGAAUCUUCUAUCGGUGGAUACCUAUAAUGAGUGAGCGGCUUGACUUUCUUAUCAAAUGGCCUGACAGGGAGAAUUUAAGAAAGACAAUGCCUUUGGUUUUCAAACAAAACUUUGGCAACAAGGUAGCAGUAAUAAUUGAUUGCUUUGAGGUAUUUAUAGACCGGCCAUCUAGCUUGAUUGCUCGAGCAAUGACAUGGUCCAACUAUAAACACCACAACACAGUUAAAUUUCUUAUUGGAAUCACUCCCCAAGGAGUAAUAUCAUUUAUCUCUAAAGCCUGGGGGGGCAGAGUUAGUGAUAAAUACUUAACAGAAAAUAGUGGCAUCCUAAAAAACUUGUUACCAGGAGACAUUGUGCUUGCGGACAGGGGGUUCGACAUUGCUGACAGUGUUGGAUUUCAUGGAGCAAGACUAUAUAUUCCUGCCUUCACUAAAGGCAAGAAACAAUUGUCUGCUCUUGAGGUUGAGCAAACGAAAAAAUUGGCAAAUGUAAGAAUUCAUGUGGAGCGUGUGAUUGGGCUUGUCAGGAGAAAAUUUACUAUUUUGCAAAGCACACUUCCAAUUGAGAGCAUAACAGCAAAGCAAGGAGAGCCACUUGCUCCCAUAGACCACAUUGCUACCGUCUGCUGUGCCUUAACUAAUUUAUCAGACUCAAUUGUAAGCUGA